AUGCGUGAAUCUAAUAUUCCUUCGCUUCUCGUAAAACGGACUAAUCAGCACCCAGGUAUUCAGCUUCACCAGCUAAAUGGUUACAAACAUAAUUUUAAUUUUUUAACUGAUCAAGUAAGAAUCGUUGUGUGGAUGAUUGGUGCUUGGACACUCACUUUGAAACAUGCCUCGCUCUUGCCACAAAUCAGGUUUCCAUCAAAGGGGAAGACGAAGCCAGCCCUGCCCUUGGCUUUGAAACUAGACAUGGGCUCCAUCUCAAAUCACAGCUAUUUCAGAAAUAGCACAGACUCCUCUGAAGAUCAGUCUUUUUCUUUGUUUGACAUCCAUAUUUUGGUGCCCGUCACUAUAAUUUCCAUCAUCCUGUUUUUCUUGGGAGUCUCUGGGAAUUUGAUAACGAUCGUCAUUUUCAGACGCUCGCAGGAGAUGAGGACGACAGUGAACAUGUACCUGUCCAGCAUGGCGCUGUCAGACACACUGAUUUUCCUUGGCCUGCCUUCCGACCUCUACCGCCUUUGGAAGUACAAGCCCUACAUAUUUGGGGAUUUUCUCUGCAAGUUCUUCAUUUACCUGAGCGAAACAUGCACAUACUGCACCAUCCUGCACAUCACCACAGUGAGCGUGGAGAGGUACUUUGCCAUAUGCUUUCCCCUGAAAGCCAAAGCAACCAUCACCAAGUGCCGGGUGAAACGGGUCAUCCUGGUGCUGUGGGGCUGCUCCCUCCUGACUGCCGGCCCCAUCCUCUUCCUCUUUGGAGUGGAACACCAUAACGGCAGCCUGUCCCAGGAGAGCCGGGAGUGCAGGCCCAUCGAGCGCGUGGCCCGCACGGGGCUGCUCGAGACGAUGACCUGGGUCUCCACCAUUUAUUUCUUCCUGCCAAUGCUCUGCUUGACUCUGCUCUACGGACUGAUCUGCAGAAAGCUCCUGUCCCAGGAGAGCCGGGAGUGCAGGCCCAUCGAGCGCGUGGCCCGCACGGGGCUGCUCGAGACGAUGACCUGGGUCUCCACCAUUUAUUUCUUCCUGCCAAUGCUCUGCUUGACUCUGCUCUACGGACUGAUCUGCAGAAAGCUGAGGCGGAGUGGGCAGCGGCUGCCGGGCUGCCAGGCUGCGAGCAGAAGAAGGUCCCACAGGCAGACUGUCAAAAUGCUGGCUGUCGUUGUCUUUGCCUUUGUGCUGUGUUGGCUCCCCUUCCACAUUGGCCGACUCCUCUUCGCCCAGACUGAAAUCAUCCUGUAUGACCUCACGCAGUACUUCAACCUCAUCGCCAUGCUUCUCUUCUACCUUGGGGCUUCCAUAAACCCCAUACUUUACAACAUCCUGUCACACAAGUACAGGGAAGCGAUGAGCAAAAUCUUGCACCACAAACGAACUCGGAACUGCAGGAGCCUGACCAGGGGUAAAAAGGUUUCUUUUGAAGGUACAGAACUUGGUUCUUUCACGUCAACUGUUCAGCAUUGA